AUGGUGGCCCAGGAGCCAGUGGUGCUUGAGGGGUUGCACAGGCGCGGUGGCAGCUUCGGGGUGUCCCCCAAGGCCGACAGCCUGCAACUUUGCUUUCAGCCCAAGGAGCUGCAGCUAGUGGACCGCUGCUCCUGCAAUUCACUCUUCUCCAAACACUUGGGCCGUCGCGGCAGCGUGCCGGCUGCACUCGCCGCGCUGCACGCUGGCGGCGCUGUGGAGUGCAGCGUGCAUGCGGUGCAGCUGUCAGGGGGUGAGGAGGGCGAUGGGGAGCUGCUGCAGGCGCUGCUGGGCGUCCAGCUUCUGGAGCCGUUUUAUGCAGUGGAGCCUGAGACAGAGGAGGCGGUGCACGUGGCCGUGCUGGUGCAGCACUGGGCACAGCUGGCCGCCGCCACGGGCUGCGGCGCCAAUGCCAGCGACGGCUCCCCGUUUGCCGCCGAGCUGCGUAAGGGCUGGUGGCAGCAGCAGCAGCAGCAGCAGGAUGCAGCGCCAGUGGCAGAGCCCGGUAGCAACCUUCGCGACCGUGUGUUUGACAUGGUGCUUCCCACCGACUGGCAGCUGGAGGCGGCGGACCCUCCCUCCCUUUCUUGCACACUGUUCAGGUACCAGCGCCGCUGCCUGUCUUGGCUGAUGUGGCGCGAGUCGCUGCGCAGCAUGCCCAGCAGCCCAGGCAGCGAGGGGCAGGCAGCAGAGGACGGGCAGGCAGGGGGGGCGGCGGCAGCGGCGUUGGCAGCAGCGCAAGCGGCACGGCAGGCCGGCGCCGACCCCGGCAGCGCCAAGGCGGUCCUGCCCGCCAGCAGCCUGCUGUGGCAGCCCAUGGAGCUGCCGUCUGGCGGGCACGUGUUCUGGGACCCCAUGGGCAAGACGGUCGAGAUGCUGGCGCUCAUCCUGGCCCGUCCGCCGCCACCCAACUGGCUGCAACGCCCAGGCAUCCUGCCGCAGCCAGCCAGCAGCCCCCAGGAGCAGCCAGCGGGCAGCGGCGGCGAGCCAGAUGGGCUGGCAGCCGAGGGAGCCGCGCCCGCGAGCCCCACAGCCGCCGCCUCGGGGAGCAGCAGCAACGGGGGCAGCCCCCGCGGCGGCACCCUUGUCGUCUGCCCGCCUGCGCUGCUGCAGCAGUGGCAGUCUGAGCUGUCCAACCACGGCCACGGUGCCCUGGCCGUGGAGAUCUACGACGGGCUGCGGGGCCUGCAGGGGGCGCUGCAGAAGGAGGGCGGCGGCGCCAAGCGGCAGAAGCCGGCGCAGCGGGAGAUGGAGCUGUAUGCGCGGCUGCUGGCGGGGGAGACGAUAGAGGCCGUGUACGACAUUGGCGCAGAGGUGGAGGCCGCGCUGCGCCGCCUGCGCCAGGCCGACGUGGUGCUGACCAGCUUCGAUGUGCUGCGUGCCGAGGUUUACUUUGUGCCCAGCUCUCGCAGCCUUCGGAAAAAGAAGAAGUACCAGGUCCCGCACUGCCCGCUGCUCCAGGUCCGCUGGUGGCGCCUGGUAGUGGACGAGGCGCAGAUGGUCGGGCCGCUGUCUGCCGCCGGCACCAUGUGUGAGCGCAUGAACGCUGUCCACCGGUGGUGCGUGACAGGCACACCCAUGGGCGGCCACCGCAGCAACGAACUUGCAGACAUCUGCGCCCUGCUGCAGACGCUGAAGCACCAGCCGUUUUCAGGCGAGGGGCGGCAGUGA